GCGCCGGGCAUGCCCUCCCCGCCGAGCCCAGCAAGCGGGCUGGCUGCCGGGCGCCCUGGGGAGGCGGCGCCGCCCUGGGCCUGGAGCUCCGAGCCCGUGGACCCUGGGGCGGGGGCGCCGCCUCUCCCCAAAGGUUCCGGUCGCGGGGAGGCCGAGACACGGGAGUGCAUCUACUACAACGCCAACUGGGAGCUAGAGCGCACCAACCAGAGCGGCCUGGAGCGCUGCGAGGGCGAGCAGGACAAGCGGCUGCACUGCUACGCCUCCUGGCGCAACAGCUCAGGCACCAUCGAGCUCGUCAAGAAGGGCUGCUGGCUGGACGAUUUCAACUGCUACGACAGGCAGGAGUGCGUGGCCACCGAGGAGAACCCCCAGGUGUACUUCUGCUGCUGCGAAGGCAACUUCUGCAACGAGCGCUUCACCCACCUGCCCGAGGCGGGCGGCCCAGAAGUCACGUACGAGCCACCCCCGACAGCCCCUACCCUGCUCACUGUGCUGGCCUACUCGCUGCUGCCCAUCGGGGGCCUCUCCCUCAUUGUCCUGCUGGCCUUCUGGAUGUACCGGCAUCGCAAGCCCCCCUAUGGCCACGUGGACAUCCAUGAGGAUCCUGGACCUCCACCCCCAUCCCCUCUGGUGGGCCUGAAGCCACUGCAGCUGCUGGAGAUCAAGGCUCGGGGGCGCUUUGGCUGUGUUUGGAAGGCACAGCUCAUGAAUGACUUCGUGGCUGUCAAGAUCUUCCCACUCCAGGACAAGCAGUCAUGGCAGAGUGAACGGGAGAUCUUCAGCACACCUGGCAUGAAGCAUGAGAAUCUGCUGCAGUUCAUUGCCGCCGAGAAGCGAGGCUCAAACCUGGAGGUGGAGCUGUGGCUCAUCACGGCCUUCCAUGACAAGGGCUCCCUCACGGAUUACCUCAAGGGGAACAUCAUCACAUGGAACGAACUGUGUCACGUGGCAGAGACAAUGUCAAGAGGCCUCUCAUACCUACACGAGGAUGUGCCCUGGUGCCGUGGCGAGGGCCACAAACCGUCUAUUGCCCACAGGGACUUUAAGAGCAAGAAUGUAUUGCUGAAGAGUGACCUCACGGCCGUGCUGGCUGACUUUGGCCUGGCUGUUCGGUUUGAGCCAGGGAAACCUCCGGGGGACACUCAUGGGCAGGUGGGCACGCGGCGGUACAUGGCCCCUGAGGUGCUCGAGGGAGCCAUCAACUUCCAGAGAGACGCCUUUUUGCGCAUCGACAUGUAUGCCAUGGGCCUGGUGCUGUGGGAGCUCGUGUCCCGCUGCAAAGCUGCCGAUGGACCUGUGGACGAGUACAUGCUGCCUUUUGAGGAAGAGAUUGGCCAGCACCCGUCACUGGAGGAGCUGCAGGAGGUGGUCGUGCACAAGAAGAUGCGGCCUGCCAUCAAGGAUCACUGGCUGAAACACCCGGGCCUGGCCCAGCUCUGCGUGACCAUCGAGGAGUGCUGGGACCACGACGCAGAAGCUCGUCUGUCCGCGGGCUGUGUGGAGGAGCGGGUGUCCCUGAUCCGGAGGUCUGUCAAUGGCACUACCUCGGACUGUCUUGUCUCCCUGGUGACCUCCGUCACCAAUGUGGACCUGCCCCCGAAGGAGUCGAGCAUCUAAGCCCAGGACAUGAGUGGAUCUCCAGACUCAGUGGAUCUGAAGAGGAAAGGAAGAAAACAAAGUAGUGUUUUGUUUUGGAAAUCCCGUAACACCAACAAACACGCAAAAUGCAGCUGCUACUUUACCUUGACUUCUUAUUAUUAUUAUAAUUAUUAUUAUUAUUAUUAUUAAUAUUAUUUUUUGGAUUGGAUCAGUUUUUACCAGCACAUUGCUCUACUGUAUCGCAAACAGCAGACACGUCAGCAGGCGUUGAGGUGCUGAGCUGUGAAUGCAGAACCAGCGCCGUGCUGAAGAGCCUCGGCCACCUCCCGCCCUUCGGGGUUCAUUUUUCCCUCUUUCUCUUUGUUUGUUGUCUCAGAAUCUGUGACACAAAGAAACCCAUCUCCUGUCUUAGGAAACUUAAUGCUGCAAACUCUACCUAGAGGAACCUUUGAAGACUGUUACAUAAGAACACAUCUUCCUCAAAAGAGGAGUUUCCCUCUGCCCUCGUCCUCCACCCCCCCACCCCCCCGCCUUUUACUGUGUUUUUCUCCCUUUUUAGACAGUGAGUUUAAGAAACAGCAGAUGUGUCUUUCACGGAUUAACGGGUGUUGUCCUGACCGAGGAAAAACUGGGCUGAGGAUGAGGAUGGUUUGGACCGGAGUUGGAGGGGAGGACAGAGCUGGGGGUGGGGUUUGGUGCAGAGCUACACUGGACCCGGGCACAUUCGGAGCAACAUCCUUUGCUAUGAGACUACUUCUCAGGUAACCAGGAAUCGAGGGGAAGGAGUGUGUGGAGGCCAAGCGUUAACGGCAAGAGCAGGGUUUGGAGAAAGUCUGAAAUCAGGUGUGGCUCUGACCCAUCUGUUGGCCCUGACCAGUUUUUUCCACUCACUUGGGCUUGGGCAUAGGACAGAACAUUUUUUCUGCCCUGAUUUUAAGGUUAGGUAAGGGUAUAAAUCAUCACGGUUUAGUGAGUACAUUCUUCGUAAGACAUGAUACUGUAAAUAUCUUUAAUGAGGAAAAGUUGAAAUAUGUACAUUGCUUCCUCCUGGAGCAGUUCAGGGAAAUGGCCACAGGGGGCGCUCUGCACAGCCAGGGCGGGAGAGUUUCCUGGGUUGGGCCUGCCGAGAAGGCCUGCCCCUCUGGAGACCCCUGGAGUCCUGCAGUGCUGGCUCUGCCCUGUGUGGUGACGUUCUUGUCCCUUUCUGUGGCUCGUGAACACAGCUUUCUCCAGACCCUUUAAAGAGGUGCAUAUUCGAAAAACAGUUUCUCUGUUUUGCCAUAACCUUGCUCUCGUCAGUGAAUGUUCCUAAUGCUGCUGUUUCAACAUUUGAAUUUUUUUUAAUUUAUGAAACAUGCAAAUUUUUUAAAAAAACAAAACACACACAUCCACACAUACACGCUUUGCUAUGUGGCUUCCGAGGUUUAAAUUUUGAAGAGUAAGAGAAUUAAAACUUCACGACCACAGACCACCUCAAACCAGAAAUACCUCAGAAUUUUCUACUUGUGUAAGUUUUAUUAUAUAUUUUAUUAGUUGUGUUGUCUUGUAGUAAGUAUAUUUUAAUGUAAGUUGGCUUUUAUGACAAGAAAGUUUAAAAGAAAUAGAGAAAAAGAGGAAAAGUUGUGAGUCUUCUAGGGAGUGCUACCAUUUUUCUUUGAUAACGCCCCCUUGUAAAUAAUUGUCAUCAACUGUAGGUUGGCUGUCUGGGCCGAGUCUGGGCAUUCAUCACUCUUAUUUGUGAAGACUUUUCCUUCCCGUUUCUUUAGACCAUUUUAUUUAAAAACUGGAUCUCUUCACCUUGCGGGUAGGCGAGUUGGUGGACGAUGGGGAGAGGUUGACUGGCGUGAGAAGGGGAGGGGGGAGCCUCCUCCUGAGUUAAUUGGAAGUUCAAGUGUUUCCCUCGACUUGAUUGGUCAUCGUUCAGGAUGACAGGUGACCCCACUUUAACUUGGCAAAACUGUAGCCUUUAGACCCACGUGAGGUAAUUUUACUCGAGACUUAAUUUCUUAAGCACAUUGGCAGCAGUGAUAGCGGAAUUGAGCUGUAGGCCUCUGGGUCCACACUGCUCGGGGCCGGUCUGUGACGGCACGGCUUGGUGGUGAGGGCUCAGUGCACCGCCACGCGGGGGUUCUGGGCCCCUGGCCCGUGUCCUCCUCUGCGUGUUUGGGCACGGGGUGUGGUAGGAGACGAGUUUGCUUCCCUCUCAGAGCUCAGUUUUUGCUUCAUGGGUCAAAACGUGGGCUGGCCAAGGUGGCCACAGGGACAGGUUUUUGUUUUUGUUUUUUGGUAAGUUAUUUGUCUUCUGACUUUUCCUUUUUAAGCUAUUUUUUGCUGUGGUAUUUUUCUUCCCUCGGAAUAAUUUUUAACAGAAAAACAGACCUUACAGCAGUUGCUUUUCUUUUCCACUUAUGUCUUUCAGAAGCUUUAAAAUAUUUAUUGAAAAGUGCCAUAUCUGAUUUCUCCAGCUUUCUCCUCAGGCAGGGCUGGGAGUCUCUACUUUUCAACCCUCAGAAGAAACGAAUAGAAUAAACCAGUAACAAAUGUAGCUCAUUUACCAUAGGCAUGAUUAGAUCCCUGAUCCCAGCCCGUGUGGAACACUAAACCCCAGCCUCUGUUUGGUUUUAGAUUUCCUCUGGGCAGUUUUUCUUUUGUGUGCUGGCUUGAUUCUUCUGGGAGCACGUUUUGGCCCUGCUGUGGGACCUGCGGGGCAGGAUGCAGGACGGACAGGGCAGGCCUUUUGUCUGGGGACGCUCCCUCUUUGCUGACCCAGUGCUCAGCCACUGUCACUCCCUUUGGGGCCUUGGCACCAGAAUGAAGUGUCCAGAGAUGGCCCCAUGUGGUGUGGCCGGGCAGAAGGCUUCCAGCGGCCCUUUCCCCGCGUGCUAGGCUGAGUGUCCCUGACUGCUCGUGGCCAGGAGGUGGGCAUCUCUCUCCCGGGCAUGCUGCUGGGGCCUGGGUGGGUCUUCCGCCUCUGAUAAAGUUAGGUUUACUGUCAUGUCUUCUUCUCCGGGGAGUCAGCCAUCCAGAGCUCUGAUUUGUGUCGAUGGGGUUGGGGGCCUCUGCCUGUGCUCUUCUUCACAAAGAUUUCUUGUAGCCUCCACUUCCGGCGAUCUCAGAUCACUGCUACAUUCCCCCCCCACUGCCCCCCCCCCCGCCCCGCAAAGCUCUGUGGAAGACGCGGGGGGUGGGCAGGGAGGGAGUCUGACAUUGCUUUCCCUGCCUCAUGCAGGGUGAGAGGGUGGCCAAGUCCGGGGACAGAAGUGGCCCAGGAUCCCUGCCCCUUUCUUCCUAGUGUACUGUCGUCCGGGCAGGCUUCUGGCUGUGGGGUGGACUUGGGGGAGAGUGUGUUCUUUUUGAUCACUGUGGGGAGAUCUCCUGAGCCAGAGAGAUCCAUGGGAGGGAGCAGACACGUGGGGACAGAGGCCACCAUGCCACAGUGUCCUGCAAAGGACUCUUCAUGACGGGCAGCCAGAGAAGGCCAUGGAUGUAGUCGUUAGCUCAUGCUGGGGCUGGCAUAAGCUGGGCUUUUGCCUGGGGCCAUUGGUCCCUAUCAGGAGUCCUUCUUUGGUUGAUUACUUGGGGUGUGAGGGCUGAGAAUGGACCCUUAGGAGGAAGCGAGACCCAGCUGUGCAUAAAUGUGGUGAGCGCCUUCAGCCUGGUGUUCAGACGGCCUUCCUGUCCUGCUGGCUUUCAGUAGGUGCCCGGAGGGGUCAGUCCUGCUGGGGAGGCUUCCCCGUGUGUGCCAGCUGCUUCUGACUCAGGAUUCGCUCUGUCUGGAUGUGGUGGCACGUGUCCAGAACACGAAGGACCUUGUCCAGCCUUGAACAUCCUCAGGAUCCUUGAGCCCCCAGCUCACAUGUUCUCAGCCGAGGGAAAGAUCUGCCAUCUCCAGGCCACUGAGGUGGUCCUUCCCCUGCCCCUGGGGCCAGGCUAAUCCUCCUGUCAUGCUUUAGGGAGCUGAGCAGGUGACCCUGCAGUUCUGUGUCCCCUUUCUCUCCAGUUGGCCACGUUCUUGCUGGCUGCUGCCCUGCCCUUCUGCACUGGGUGCUUGUGUUGCAUGUGUGGUGUUUCGUUGGUGGCGAGCCCAGCCGUGUACUGAGGGUCCACCAUGUGCUACGUGUGGCGCAGAAAGCCCAUCACGUGGCCCCUGUGCUUGAGCCAUGAGGGCGGGGAGGCAGCUGCUCCAUCCAGGGUGGGAGGACUAGGUGACCCUCUUGCAAAUGGAAUUCUGCCUCUUUUUAGAAUGCAAUGUGAAGUUCCCCACGUCUAUUGGUAAUACAAGGAUUUGAUGUUUUUUUAGUAAUAUAGUGAGCGUAUGUAUGUAAGUUUUUACAAGUGGUACUAGAAGUUGAACAGCCUGACAUUAUUCCGGAGAACUUGGCUCCCUAGAAAAAUAUCUAAAUUGGAAAGCAUUUUUCAGGAGAACUCAGUUUACUCAGUCUGUCAGUCCCAGCUAUUUCAAUGGCCUGUUGGGUUCUGAAUCUUUGGAGAGACAGCCAGCCCGCCCUGGUUCACAGCUCAGGGGCCCUCAGACCACAUUUUUCCAAGAAGCACAGGGAAUUGACUCUCUACACGACCCCCCCCCCCCGCUCCCCCAAGCAGCCAGAAAAGGAAAGAGGACAAGAUGGCUUUUUCUCCUCUUUUGGGUGAUUUGAAUUCUCCUAGGUCGAUGGCUGUUCACAAAACCUGAACUAAUAAAAUGCUCAGCAGCUAAUGUGUUCAGCCUAGUAAUGAUGAGUUUAAGUCUCAAUCAGGAGUAAUGUUUUAGGCAAAGAAACGGACCCAGUAAUUCAGUUGAUGAACUGUUUGUUUAUUUUCUCAGUCUAGAUUUGUAAACAAUGUAUUCAGGGUUAUAGGCAUAGUUCUUUAAGUAAGACUCCUGACAGUUAAUUUGUAACCAGCAAUUCAUGUAUGAAUGUAUCCCAGACCUUUAGGAGGCUUGGGGAAGUUUUAAAAGAUGAUUUUAGUUUUGUAGCAAAAAGAAAUUGAAGCUUAAAAUGCACCCUCUCCCUUGGAAAUUAAUUUAUUUGACUCAGCCACACUUUAAAAACAAUUACAGUCGGCCCUCUGUAUCCACGGGUUCCUCAUUCGUGGGUUCAACCAACCUCGGAUCAAAAAUAUUUUGGGGGGAAAAAUUACAGAAUGUUCCAAAAAUCAAAACUUGAAUUUGCCACCUACUGGCAACUCUUUACAUAGUAUUUACAUUGUAUUUACAACUAUUUACAUAGUAUUUAUAUUGUGUUUGGUAUUAUAAGUAAUCUAGAGGUGAUUUCAAGUAUAGGGGAGGAUCUGUGGAGGUUAUAUGCAAAUGCUACACCAUUUUAUGUAAGAGGCCUCUGCCUCGGUGGAUUUUGGAUUCCCAUCCCCCUGCCACACUCCUCCCCCAUACAGAGGGACGACUGUAGUGGGUCCAGGAGACCUAUACAUUAUCAUCAAGUAAAAGUCCAAAUUAUCUAGUGGGCUAUUUUGAAUAUUCCUAUUUUAAACUCAUUUUGGGUCCACUGUAAACUUUGGUUUGGACAAGAUUUUGAAUUUAAAGGAUUUACCACUAGUUAAAUUUUUACAAUUUUUACCAAGCUUUUACAUUUCUGUGAUGGUAUCUUCCAGGUAUGAGUGAAGCAGGACUUUUUGAUUGUGGUACUCCAUGUAUCCCUGUAGUGCCAAAACCAGUGAUAUAUCAUUUGCUCCUAUGGCAGCUCGUAGCGAUAACACAAGUGUUUUUUCCUCAUGAAUUAAAAUGCAUAUUCUCUAAACGCCAGCAUGUGGAGAUGGGCCCUGUGCUGCCCUUUCUUCUCCAGGAGUGUCUUUGGAUUGUCUGGGGCCUAGACGAUUCUGAGAACUACUGCAAGCCAGUUACAGGACACUAAAGAAAUAUACACACGGACACGUGUGUAUGCAGUGGAUUCUACAAACGUGGUUUCUUGUGGACAUCUACAGAAAAGAGUUUCAUUCAUUUGCAAAGUUUACAUUUUUAAGCUGAUGGUUAUAAAAAAUACAACGCAUUAGCUAAUGCUUUUCAGGCAGGUGAGGAUGGGUUUUUUGCAAAUGGAUGAGUUCUGUCUUGAGUCCUGGGAAUUUCUGCUGUUGGUUGGGAGUGGGCUCAUUCCCUGAUUCUCCGAAUCAUGUUUGCAUUGUAAUGUUGUUAGGUAGCAUUGUAAAUAAAAGUAUAGGUUAUAUAAUAGAGUUACAACACUUGAAAUUUUACUUUAAAAAAUCUAUAGCACUACAUAUAUAUUUAGUUAUAUCACCUGACAGAUUUCUUCUGCACAGUGUGGAGAUUGUUUUAUACCACAGAUUAUUUUUAUAAAGUCUAGUGAGUUUCGAAUAAGAAUGAUUCUCUAAUCAGAGUAAUGAGCUUUACCUUUCAAGAUAAACAUACACUGGAGUGUAAGUGGUGUGGCACUGUCACUUAGCUCUCCUGCGGAUUCUCGUUGAUACACUGGCAGAUUACAGACCAUCUUUGGGUCUCGUUUGACCAAAACUCCACUCGUGGCUGUCUGUGUGGGACGGUCUGUGCAGGACAGGGGUGCUCAGCCCUGCUCCUUGCAGACCUGGAGGAGAGGGGCUGGGAGAGGCAAGUGGAGCCUGCAGUGUGCUUCACAGCCGUGCUUCCUCCUGAGGUUUCUUUUGAACAAAGGGUUCUGAGGUGAAUAAUUAGUUUCUAAGUUACUCUCAUGGGUGAAGUAGUAUGAAGGUGUUUUGGGGAACAGAAAUUGCAUGGGUGCAGGUUGGGGUGGGUUGGGACUAGAAUAAGAUUCAGGCUACGAACACGUGAAAAGAGGAUUUGGUGAUUGGAGAAAUCUGCCAAACUGAAUUAUCUAGGACCAAGUUAUCCAGUUUUCAGGACAGAAUUCCCAAUGGAGUAAUUAUUCGGAAAGGGGGAGGGUGGUGUGUGGACAUAGUGAUCAGAUUAUACGGAGAGCUGCCAGACACAUGUUAUCUUCUCUGUGAGGGCUGUUUGGAGGCGAGAGGGGCUGCGUUGGCUCGCCACUUUAGUCUAGCGAGUAACCCAGGAGUCUGUGGAGGAGGCUCAGAAUCCUGUACCAGCAGGGCAUUUUUCCAGCAUCUACAAGGUUUUCCCACUCUUCCUACAAAGGUCAGCAUCACUGCCAUAAUCUGGAAGGCAGUCUUCAUGUUAGCCUUUUGAGUUUUUGGGUAGAGAGUGGAUGGUUAUUGGGUAAUGAGCCUUUUUGUUGGGGAUGUAUAGGAAGUAUACAUCAUGUAUACUCAUCUAUACUCAAGUAUAGAGUCAUAUAGCUCAUACUCUGUAGCCGUAAUGGCUGAAGGCCUGUUCCCCAGCCCCUGCCUGCUGGCUUCAGCUGCUGCGUUCGGAGGUGUUCUGGUUGGGACAAAGUUGUCAGGAGAGUCCCUAAUGUGUCAUGUGAAACCAGCUGUGCUUUUAUUCGGUCUGAUCGAGAGUAAAGUUUUACGCUACCCCUUUUAUACUUGAAUGAAUUGAGUUUUGGCAGAUCCAGGAGCACUCUGGGAACCAACCAUCCGUCAUUUUCCUGUUCCCCAUCAAAGAACAUUUCUCUGCUCUCCAGCCACAUGUCUUGGAAUGUAAUUCUGUUGUGCCUUUGUUUUUGUCACCUGCCUCCCCCCAAAAGCAACUGCUGUAAGCUUUUUUCUACUUGUCUUUUCUAGCCCGAAACCCCACCUUUUUCCUUUUUCCCAGCUAUAUUUUCUGGAUGCAGUUCUGUGCUCCAGGUGUGUUAAGAACCAGUUACCUCAGACCUUGUGUUGAACAGUGUCACCAUCUGGGUCCUCUCGAAACUGCAGGCUUGUGACAUACACACGCAGGAACUCUGCCGAGUAUGGGUACUUAUUUGUUUUAAAGUAAAACUCUUCCCAAGGAUUGCAAAAGGGGCUUCUGGCAAGCUCUUCAUGGCCCUGCGGUGGGAUGGGUCUCGAGUGCCAUCUGAAGGGUGCUUUCCGCGCUCCACUUUGAAUUCUGCCAUUUUCAGUAUUCUGCUGUCUGAAUAGGCAGAGUGAUUCAACUGGUUGGCCUUGUACACAAAUGAGUUCCGAAAAUGAGCUCUUUGUAAUACAUUUCCAGUCACUAAAGCUCAAAUGAAGAACAUUCCCUCAAAUGGCAGGAUUGAAAACCCCGCCCCCAUCCACCACAGUGCAUUUCGGGAAGAUGUCUGUAGCGUAUGUUGCUGUGAAAUUAGGCCUUGCGGGUUAUGGCUGUUUGUCAUUUUGAUGUAUUUUAAAUAAAUAUAUAUAUAUUUUUUAAAGAGCCUUUUUUACCAGUUCAGAAAGUUUAAUUAACCAGCAGUCACCACAUCUGAAUUUUUGUCGCUGGGGCAUAGAUGGCAGACCAACAUUAAAGUGGUAACUCAGCCCUACGAGCAUGGGCUGCCCACCUGGCCUGUCCUGCUGACCGUGGGACACCAGGGUCAGUGUGUCCCCACCGGGUCCCAACUCAGCCCUCGAAGUGUUCGGUCUCUACUCUGUUCAGGCGCUGUUUACUUCAGUCUCUGCAAGGGCUUUAGCCCAGCUGGGGUUUUCUCAGAGCCCUGCCACGAGUUAAGUGUAUGUUGAGCCAAAUAAUUUCUCCAUGAGGGAAAAACACGCUCAUCGAAAUUUUACCAGCAAUGACAGAGAUGAGAGUAGGAAAGGUUAGGCAACAUCUGGGAUUUGAUUUGGAAAGCGUCCAAGUCAUUGUCAAACACCGUCUGAGAGCCAGUGACCUUACAGAGAUUCUUAGGAGACCUCAUCUGAGAGUGUGAAGACCUCCUGUGAGGGGAGGAGUUGUUAAAAUGCCAGCGUCUUUUUCCUCCCUUUUUUUUUUUCCCUGGAAUUCUGUAAAAAUGCAAAGAGAAUUGGGUGGUACUUGAGAAUUGGGGGUGAGGGUUACCGCAGAUGAGAAACAUACUUCUAGAUUUCAGUUCCACGCCACAAAUCCACACAAUGCCGUUUUUCAACUGUACAAAAGAAUCUGCUUAUGAAUUUGACAUGAUCUUAAUGGUAGCAUCAAAGGCCGAAUUUUUCACGUGUUAAUAUUUUUUCCACAUUUGUCCUUGAAUCUGAAGAACUUCAUACAGUACUGUAAAUUUAACUUACAUUGAGUUUGAUGUCAAUUCUUGUGAAAAGAGCUUCUGCAUGUAACAGACACACAGUUAAGGAACACAGCAGAGUACAACAUUUGCAGGACCAAUUCUGGAACCAACAGAUGUCACCUCUCAUUUGCCAUCUUAUAUGUCAGUGUUACCAUCUCCUUCUAAAUGUGUGUAUUAUUUGUAAGGAAAAGAAGGAAAAUCCUAAGACUUGUCUAAUAACUUAGUGGAGAAUGUGUGUGUUGGGUUUAGGAUGGAUAGCAAAGUCUUUUUGAGCUGUGUUAUCUAACUUGUAUAUAAAACUGUAAUUAAAAGUUUGGAUUCACCUGUUUCUCACGGUUUACAAUGAUGAAUCAUUUGAAAACUCUGAAAAUGUGACUAGGAUAUGAUUUAAGCCUGUAGAAGUGAAGAAGCUCUUCAAGUGCUAAAACUAAAGACUUCUAGUUUUUGGCUCAAAUUCAGUAAGUACUGUUUGUAUGCCACGAUAUGUGAGAUGUAAAUGUAAUAGGUCACUUUUCACCCUUGUAGCUAUAAAAUAAAAAUUUUGUAGAACAGAAAUAGAUUGUACUACUGAAUUAACAAAAGUUAUACUAAAGUAUCAUGUUUAAAAAAAAAUAUAUAUAUAUACACACACACAGAGUUAAGCUUGUUGCUGUUACCCUGUCUGGAUUUGAAAAGUGUGCUGAUUUAUAUAUAUAUAUAUAUAAAAAACACACAUAUAUAUAUAUUAUAUACCCGCACACAUCUAAAAUGGCCUAAAGCAGACAUCCAUGUAAUUACAGUUGCAAAAUGAAGACAUUUUGGAGAGAACAUUGUAUCAUAGUUCAUUCAUUUGCAGUGGAUCUUUGUUCCUUUUUACUGUGGUAAUUUUAGAAAUGAGUGUCAAGUUUGGAAUUAGAUCUGCUAAGUUGGGGUUUUGCUGCUUGAACUCUGCACUGGGUCCUCAAAUAAACCGAUGUGAAUGUAGUUUUUUCCCCCUGUGUGAAGAAGCAGUCACGCCCCAACAGAUAGGAGGAAAAAUCUAGAACUGUUUCAAGUUUUAUCUUUUUGUAUAUGAAAAUAAAAUAAUAAUAAUAAAAAAAA